UCUCUUCCCGCCUGAAACAGAAACGGAGGUAGAAGAGCUAUCGACUAGUUAGCUACAUAAAUUGAACAAUGGAUGACCUUUACUUGGAUAAUAUUGAUGAAUUUGUCAACGACCAGAAUAAAAUCGUAAGUCAUCUAGUUAAUUAAUAUAUCUCGAUCUAUCCAACUAGCUAGCUGCUUUGGUCAAUACUAGAAGCUAGCUAACCUAGUUGGCUAUCUGACUCAGUGACUGCUCAGGCUACUAACAGUAGUAGCUAGCUAACGUUAACGAAUUUAGCCAUCACUCGCCCAGUGUUUUUAGACUGCAUCACCAGGCCCCGCAUUUGGAGACUAGCUAACUACGGUUGAAUUUGGGAAGAUUGGAGCUGCAAUUCUAAAAGAUAGGAAUACACCAGAGCUUGAAAAGUUGUCAAAAGGGUUAAAUACCUAGUGAUCUACGUUAGUUAGGUAGCUAUGCAUCCCAAAUCUCUCGUGGACAAACAACAUUAGUUGCGUAAACAUAUGACCAAUUACGCAAUACUUUAGUUCUGGGUUAACCAACUUUAAUUCACCCCACAUAUCUAUGUUGACAACAAACUGUUGUGUUGUCUUGUGUGUUCAAACAGGUGACCUACAAAUGGCUGAGUCUCACACUUGGGGUCCAUGUCAACCUAGCCAAACAGUGAGUAAAGUUAUCCAGAACCACCCACAUUACCUGCCUUUGAACGUUUUGUUGUGUUUAAACCACCACCUGUAAAUGACAUUCUAUGGGUCCAUCAUGAUGUCUGUUUCAGAAUGCUCUACCAUUACUUGGAUCAGAAGAGGAAAGAAAGCUCUGCUCCGCUCCAUGCCACCUACCUUGUGUCUGGCAAGUUUGUCGAGAAUGGCACCAUGGUAAGAGAACAAGCCAAAAUGGCAAUUUUCAUGUACAAUGCACACAGCUGCUCACCAUGCCCCUUCAGAACAUGACAUGCAGCAGUAAGCCUAUUUGGACAUAGGAUUCUUGCUUUGUUUUAGUUUGUGUUUUACACAGCUUAGGUCUUUUCAAUGCUUUCUUUUCAGAGUCACAGGGUGUCAGUAGUGCGAGAGGAUCAGCUGGAGGGUAAGUUGUAGGGAUCUAACAAUUCAUCGAUAUGCACCGAUCCCCGUUUCAAAUGUUUAAGAUAUGAGUGAAUCGGUCUGCGGGAGCCAAAUCCAAAUGAAGUAUGCAUUGGUCAGAAAAUUGAUUCAAACGCUAUGAAUCCUAUUUAAUUUCUGCCUUAUUCUGAAAAUACCUCGAAUCUGUUGUGACUGAAUUGAUGCGUCCUCUCCUUCAGUAGCCUAUCGAACCUCUAUGCAUGUAACUGCGUAUAACAUUGAUCUACAAUUGCAUUUGGUCAUUUUUUACAUGAAUAGGGUAAAGUUGUCAUUUCAUAACAAGGACAGCAAUCAUUUUGUGAGCCACACUGAUCAGAACGGGAGAAGAGCAGCUCUCCUUUGUGAAGUUCCAAAUGAUCAAUACAUUAACUUUUGGGACUGGGUGAAAUCCAAAGCUGUGUUAGAAUUUUGUAAUUUUUGUAUUUAACCUUUUAUUUUAACAGGGAAGACCUAUUGAGUCCUAGGUAUCUUUUUCAAAUGCGCCCUGUAUGAUACAACAUAAAUAUACACAUUAUACACCCCCCAAAAAAUUAUAUACAGUGGGGGAAAAAAAGUAUUUAGUCAGCCACCAAUUGUGCAAGUCCUCCCACUUAAAAAGAUGAGAGGCCUGUAAUUUUCAUCAUAGGUACACAUAAAAAAUCCAGAAAAUCACAUUGUAGGAUUUUUAAUGAAUUUAUUUGCAAAUUAUGGUGGAAAAUAAGUAUUUGGUCAAUAACAAAAGUUACUCAAUACUUUGUUAUAUACCCUUUGUUGGCAAUGACACAGGUUCAAACGUUUUCUGUAAGUCUUCACAAGGUUUUCACACACUGUUGCUGGUAUUUUGGCCCAUUCCUCCAUGCAGAUCUCCUCUAGAGCAGUGAUGUUUUGGGGCUGUCGCUGGGCAACACGGACUUUCAACUCCCUCCAAAGAUUUUCUAUGGGGUUGAGAUCUGGAGACUGGCUAGGCCACUCCAGGACCUUGAAAUGCUUCUUACGAAGCCACUCCUUUGUUGCCCGGGCGGUGUGUUUGGGAUCAUUGUCAUGCUGAAAGACCCAGCCACGUUUCAUCUUCAAUGCCCUUGCUGAUGGAAGGAGGUUUUCACUCAAAAUCUCACGAUACAUGGCCCCAUUCAUUCUUUCCUUUACACGGAUCAGUCGUCCUGGUCCCUUUGCAGAAAAACAGCCCCAAAGCAUGAUGUUUCCACCCCUAUGCUUCACAGUAGGUAUGGUAUUCUUUGGAUGCAACUCAGCAUUCUUUGUCCUCCAAACACGACGAGUUGAGUUUUUACCAAAAAGUUCUAUUUUGGUUUCAUCUGACCAUAUGACAUUCUCCCAAUCCUCUUCUGGAUCAUCCAAAUGCACUCUAGCAAUCUUCAGACGGGCCUGGACAUGUACUGGCUUAAGCAGGGGGACACGUCUGCACUGCAGGAUUUGAGUCCCUGGCGGCGUAGUGUGUUACUGAUGGUAGGCUUUGUUACUUUGGUCCCAGCUCUCUGCAGGUCAUUCACUAGGUCCCCCCGUGUGGUUCUGGGAUUUUUGCUCACCGUUCUUGUGAUCAUUUUGACCCCACGGGGUGAGAUCUUGCGUGGAGCCCCAGAUCGAGGGAGAUUAUCAGUGGUCUUGUAUGUCUUCCAUUUCCUAAUAAUUGCUCCCACAGUUGAUUUCUUCAAACCAAGCUGCUUACCUAUUGCAGAUUCAGUCUUCUCAGCCUGGUGCAGGUCUACAAUUUUGUUUCUGGUGUCCUUUGACAGCUCUUUGGUCUUGGCCAUCGUCUCUUGGAGUUUGGAGUGUGACUGUUUGAGGUUGUGGACAGGUGUCCUUUAUACUGAUAACAAGUUCAAACAGGUGCCAUUAAUACAGGUAACGAGUGGAGGACAGAGGAGCUUCUUAAAGAAGAAGUUACAGGUCUGUGAGAGUCAGAAAUCUUGCUUGUUUGUAGGUGACCAAAUACUUAUUUUCCACCAUAAUUUGCAAAUAAAUUCAUUAAAAAUCCUACAAUGUGAUUCUGGAUUUUUUACGUGUACCUAUGAUGAAAAUUACAGGCCUCUCUCAUCUUUUUAAGUGGGAGAACUUGCACAAUUGGUGGCUGUCUAAAUACUUUUUUUCCCCACUGUAUACACACACACACACACACAAAAAAAACAGUCAUGGAAAGCACAAAUAAAACAUCACAAAUCAACCAGAAAAAUAGUUACAUUCCUCCCCAAAUAAGUCCCCAAUCAAUGCUUUAAAUUGGCACCAGAACAUCAACAUGAAAUGUAUUUAGAAUUUUGUUCCAGCAAUACAGUGCAUUAAAACUAAAAGCAGAUUUACCUAAUCGGUGGUGACCCUAGGAACCUCGAGGUAACCAAUCAUGUGAACGGGUUAGGCAACUCGGAUACAGCAAACUUCAACAGCAAAGUUAGAUAAGACGGAGGUUUGUGAAGUAGGGCCUUGUAAACAAAAAGGGAGUAAUGUAGAGAUCUACGGGUCUUUAGCAAAGUCCAGCCAACCGUUUGAUACAGGAAGCAGUGGUGAGUAUAAAAAAAAAGGGCAUCCAAAGGUUUAAGAGUAGUAGCAGCUGCACUUUGAUAAAUAAUAUCACCAUAAUCAAGAACAGAUAAAUAAGAUUGACUGAAUAAUCUGCUUCCUACUACUUAGAGAGGCAUGAUCUGUUUAGGUAGAAAAAGCCAACUUUUUAAAUCUUGGCUUCUUAUAUAUAUUUUUUAAAGGUCAAAUCCAUAUCAUUCCAAAUCAAAGGAGGUUGGUGGCACCUUAAUUGGGGAGGACGGGCUCGUGGUAAUGGCUGGAGCUGAAUGGGUGGAAUGGUAUCAAAUACAAACACAUGGUUUCCAUCUAGUGAGUGAACAUGUAGUUCAUCUGAAACAUUCUUACGAGAGUUUAAAAACAUGUAUUUCGUUUUGCCUGUAUUAAGCACAAGUUUUACAUCGGCAAGGAAUUCCUGCAUGGCUAUAAAAUCUGAUUAGUUUUGACACAGCCAGAUCAACCGUUGGGGCAAUGGCAUACAUAGUAGUAUCAUCAGCAUAUACAGUGCAUUCGGAAAGUAUUCAGACCCCUUGACUUUUUCCACAUUUUGUUACGUUACAGCCUUAUUCUAAAAUGGAUUAGAUGUUUUUCCUCAUCAAUCUACACACAAUACCCCAUAAUGACAAAGCAAAAUAAAUGUUUGUUAUUUUUAAUAAAUGACACUGAAAUAUCACAUUUACGGAAGUAUUCAGACCCUUUACUCAGUACUUUGUUGAAACACCUUUGGCAGCGAUUACAGCCUCGAAUCUUCUUGGGUAUGACGCUACAAGCUUGGCAGAUCCUCUCAAGCUCUGUCCUCUCAAGGACAUUCAGAGACUUGUCCUGUGUGCUUAGGGUCGUUGUCCUGUUGGAAGGUGAACCUUUGCCUCAGUCUAAGCUCCUGAGGGCUCUGGAGCAGGUUUUCAUCAAGGAUCUCUUUGUACUUUGCUCUGUUCAUCUUUCCCUCGUUCCUGACUAGUCUCCCAGUCCCUGCUGCUGAAAAACAUCCCCACAGCAUGAUGCUACCACCACCAUGCUUCACCGUAGGGAUGGUGCCAGGUUUCCUCCAGAUCUGACACUUGGCAUUCAGGCCAAAGAGUUCAAGCUUGGUUUCCUCAGACCAGAGAAUCUUGUUUCUCAUGGUCUGAGAGUCCUUUUAGGUGCCUUUUGGCAAACUCCAAGCAGGCUGUCAUGUACCUUUUACUGAGGAGUGGCUUCCGUCUGGCCACUCUACCAAAAAGGCCUGAUUGGGGGAGUGCUGCAGAGAUGGUUGUCCUUCUGGAAGGUUCUUCCAUCUCCACAGAGAAACUCUGGAGCUCUGUCAGUGACCAUCGGGUUCUUGGUCACCUCCCUGACCAAGGACCUUCUCCCCCGAUUGCUCAGUUUAGCCGGGGGCGGCCAGCUCUAGGAAGAGUCUUGGUGGUUCCAAACUUGUUCCAUUUAAGAAUGAUAGAGGCCACUGUGUUCUUGGGGAGCUUCAAUGCUGCAGAAAUGUUUUGGUAUCCUUCUCCAGAUCUGUGCCUCGACACAAUCCUGUCUCUGAGCUUUAAGGACAAUUCCUUCGACCUCAUUGCUUGGUUUUUGCUCUGACAUGCACUGUCAACUGUGGGUCCUUUUUAUAUAGACAGGUGUGUGCCUUUUUCAAAUCAUGUCCAAUCAAUUGAAUUUACCACAGGUGGACCCCAAGUUGUAGAAACCUCUCAAGGAUGAUCAAUGGAAACAGGAUGCACCUGAGCUCAAUUUCGAGUCUCUUAGCAAAGGGUCUGAAUACUUACAAAAAUAAGGUAUUUAAAAAACAAUUAUGUAAUAAAUGUUCCAAAAUUUCAAACAACUUGUUUUCGCUUUGUCAUUAUGGGGUAUUGUGUGUAGAUUGAGGAUUUAAAAAAAAAGUCAUUUAGCAGACACUCUUAUGUUUGUUCAUCCAUUUUAGAAUAAGGCUGUAACGUAACAAAAUGUGGAAAGAGUGAAGGGGUCUGAAUACUUUCCGAAUGCACUAUAGAUUAUAUGCAGCUUGACCAAUGGUGUUUAUAUAAAUAGUGAGGAGAAUAACGGUCCCAAAAUCAACCCCUGUGGUACACCUUUAUAUACAUGAAGAUAUUCAGACUUAACCCCAUCAAUCAUGAGCCUGAGUUCUGUCACUUAGAUAAUCAUUAAACCAUGAACAGGUGUCUGAGCUCAUGCCUAUCGAGGACAACUUGUUCAAUAAAAUGGCAUGAUCAACAGUAUCAAAAGCUUUUGCCCAGGCCUAAACCCUGAUUUGAUUUACAUAAAAAAGAGCGAAGUUGUACAUUGACUAAGGAUUCAAGAAUCUUAGCCAGACAAGGAAGCCUUGAAAUGGGCCGAUAUUUAUUAAGAUCACUACUAUCCCCACCCUUAUGGAGUGGCAGCACGGUCUGAUUUCCAUAUUUUAAUUUAAAUUGUAUGUGCUGAUAACAAUGUUAAAUGUGGGUUAUUAAGCCAUUUAAUGAUGGGCCCUGCACACUUAAGCAGACCGGGAUCCAAUUGGUCGGCCCCUGUGGAUUUCUUGUCUAUUGCUAGCAAAGCAUCCAGCACUUUUUUUUUUCUGUAAAUAGCCUAAAAGAAAAGCUUUGACUAUCAUUUCUCUGAUCAUUCAGCAGGUUUCGCAUAUCAGCAUCCAGCCCAAUAUCAUUGUGAAUUGACUUAAUGUUUUUUCAAAGAGAACAAGCUGAAAUAAAAUGGUGAUUAAAUGCAUUAAUGAUGUGCUAUGACAAAGCCAAUAUAAAGAUAAAUAUUGACAUAUUACUAGCUCAAACCAAAACCAUUAAUCAGUGGGGGGACAAAAAGCUAAAUGAAACCAGAUCGUUUUCAAACUAAAAUUAUCAUUCCUGUAUCGUAUCAGUGCCUUCAGAAAUUAUUCACACCCAUUUGACUUUUUCCACAUUUUGUGUUACAGCCUGAAAUUUAAAAGUAUUAAAUUGUGAGUUUUUUUGGGGGGGUCACAGUUCUACACACAAUAACCCAUAGUGUCAAAGUGCAAUUAUGUUUUUUGUAAUUUUAACUCCUUUUGUUAUGGCAGGAGUAAAAAUGUGCUUAAUUAGUUGCAUGGACUCACUCUUUGUGCAAUAUUAUUAUUAUUAUUAUUGAACAUUGAAUGACUACCUCAUCUCUGUACCCCACACAUACAAUUAGGUCCCUCAGUCGAGCAGUGAAUUUCAAACACAGAUCCAACCACAAAGACCAGGGAGGUUGUUCAAUGCCUCACAAAGAAGGGCAUCUAUUGGUAGAUGGGUAGAAGUAAAAAAGCAGACAUUGAAUAUCUCUUUGAGCAUGGUGAAGUUAUUAAUUACACUUUGGAUGGCGUAUCAAUACACCCAGUCACUGCAAAGAUACAGGCGUCCUACCAAACUCAGUGGCCGGAGAGGAAGGAAAACGCUUGGGAAUUUCACUGUGAUUAAAACAGAGUUUAAUGGCUGUGCUAGGAGAACUGAGAAUGGAUCAACAAUAUUGUAGUUACUCCACAAUACUAACCUAAUUGACAGAGUGAAAAUAAGGAAGCCUGUACAGAAUAAAAAGUGAUGUGGCAAAGCAAUGCACUUUUAUUUUCCUGAAUACAAAGUGUUAUGUUUGGGGCAAAUAACACUUUACACAGUACCAUUCCAUAUUUUCAAGCAUAGUGGUGGCUGCAUCGUGUUAUGGGUAUGCUUGUAAUCAUUAAGGACUGGGGAGUUUUUCCAGGAUAAAACUUAAUGGAGCUAAGCACAGGGAAAAUCCUAGGGGAAAACCUGGUUGUCUGCUUUCCACCAGACACUGGGUGAUGAAUUCACCUUUCAGCAGGACAAUAACCUAAAACACAUGGCCAAAUCUACACUAGAGUUGCUUACCAAGAAGACAGUGAAUGUUUCUGAGUGACUUACCCAGAGGAGGUGCUUCUACAAAGUCUCAACUCAGGGGUGUGAGUACUUAUGUAAAUUUGAUUUCUGCGUUUAAUACAUUUGCAAAAACUUCUACAAACGUUUUCACUUUGUCAUUAUGGGGUAGUGUGUGUAGAUGGGUGAGGAAAAAAUAUAUCUUAAUCCAUUUUGAAUUCAGGCUUUAACACAACAAAAUGUGGAAUAAGUCAACGUAGGAAUACUUUCUGAAGGCAUAUCUAGAUGUGUAUCGAAUUGCGCUUGAAAGGAAAGAUUCACAUCCCUAGUAAGUUCUGUUUAUCUGCCUCAUUUCCUGACUUCUUUUGUUGUAGUGUUGCCUUCUCAUCAAGAUGAAUAUGAAGUGUACUGAAUGUGUCACCAAAACAUCAUCGGUCGUCUUUUGUAGAUGUGAAGGCGAAGAUGAGCCUGACGGUCAGUGUACACGUGUACAGUGUUCAGAAGGCUGUACUGAAAGACAGUGGUCCUCUGUACAGUGCUGAUUAUGAUGCUGUGAAAGAGAAUCUAAGAAACUGCAGCAGGUACAUCUAUCUUUACUUUAAGCUACACUCAAAGUCAAAAUAAUAGAUUGAGAAAUUUGCGUGAAAUAUUCAAAGGUUUAGUGACCUAGGCUAUUUAUCAGAACAUAAAAUCUAUUUGCAGGUACAGUGCAAUUCGUUGUGCCGAUGCAGUGCCUAUAUCCUUGGCAGAGGUGCAGCAGGCCUGUGAAACGACACAGGCCCCACCACCAGAGAGGGAGCAAUCCAAAGCAAACCUUUCUAAUCUGGCCUCUAAACCCACCUCCAAGCAGCCGAAAGGCAUUAUGGGAAUGUUUGCAAACAAGAAUGUCUCCAAGAAUCAAGAUUCAAGCAAAGAGAUUAAAUUGGAGCAGAAAGAGGUUGCACCUGUGGUAUGUGUUUGUGUUUCUCUUAGUGUGUACACUGCAAAUGGCAUGUGGUGUUCAUUUUGAUCCAGUGCUCAAAAUUGCAACCCGUAAUGUUAACUUGCGAUGUCACAUUUGUUUGAUAUUGUAGGUUGAGACCUCCAAAACUAAACCAGCUGCCAAGACAACUCCUAUGAGUAACUUCUUUGGGAAACAAGCAGCCAGUAAGUAUUUCAACAAUCCCAUAUCAUACAUCUCUUUCUAUAGUUUCACAUGUAAAUACUACUAUUGUCCUUUAAAUCUGUAAGAUAAAUCAUGUAUAUCCACCACAGAAAAACCUGACAAAUCCAUCAAGGAAGAGGUAGAAAUAGCCCAGACAUCUUCCUCAGUGGAUGAGAAGCCCUCAAGCCCACCCCCUAAAGCAGAGACUCCUGCAAAGGAUGCUGUGGUUGAGAAAUAUAUUAGAAGGUGUGUACUAUUAAACCUGGUAGGAGUCCUUUUAUAAAUAUAAAACUUUUGUCAUAACAAAAGUAACAUGGAUACUGAAGUGAUUAUAAGAGGAAGUAUUUUUUGGACACUAAAGUUGUAUAGUAUCUCAGAACAAAAACUUUUUUGUCUUUGUGGUGAACAUUGACGUUUUGAAUGGCAUUUCCAGAGUAUGCUUUAACAGGAUAUUUUCAUCUCAGUAGUAAGACCAAGCGUCUUGAACAUUCUGAUGGUGAAGAGGAGAAGAAUGCGAGUCAGAAGAAGAAGAAGAGACGGAGGAUAAAGAAACCCCAGCCAGACAGUGAUGAUGACGGUAAUAUGAGCUGUAAAGAGAGGGUAUGCAUAUUGCUCAGGCUGCCCUAAACAUUCAUACUGGACUUCCAUUAUUCAACUGUUUCAUGAUUGAAAACAACUGUUCUAUGUUACAGUUAUUCCAGAUUCUCCUCCACAGUUACAAGAACAGAGGGACCCAUCACCAAGUCCUGAGAUUCAAGUAAAGAAAGAACCAGUUGCUGUUUCACGUUCAGAUGUAAGCGUUCACAUUUUUACUCCUACUUUAUUUGGGUACUAAAUUGUUGAAGUUGCAGGAUAUAUAAUUAGCAUGUUUAAUUUGGUUUUAAUCACCAAUUUGUGAUUGUCUACCUAUCAAUCCAUGCAGGAGCUUUCAGAUUGUAAGCGAAGGAAGAGGAGACGUGUCUUGAAAUCUCGCACGUUUGUGGAUGACGAAGGAUGCAUUGGUAAAUUAUUGAGUUAUGUUGGGAGUUUUGUUUCUAUUCAACUUUUACGUGUAAACAUUUUGCCUAGGCCUAACUCCUCUGACAUAAACAUGGAGGUUAUUUAUAUUCCCCAAAGUUACUAAAUCAUUCUUUAUAUGCAAAAUAAAAUAUCUUAUAGGCUGAUUUUGAUGUCUGAUCUGAAAAUCAUUUAAAUAUUGUCUACCUCCCAGUGACCGAGAAAGCCUAUGAGAGUGAAUCCUACUCUGAGACUGAGGACGACUUUAAGGUCAGUAAACCAACUCCGAAGAAUCCAACCCCACCAAAACCAUCAACUGGCAAGAAAGAGGAGGAGAAAAGUAAGAAAGCUGCUGCAGCCUGUAAUAAAUCAACUAAGCAGGCUUCUAUUAUGGGAUUCUUCCAAAAGAAAUGAUAGACAUACUCAUACUGUUGUACUGAACACUGGUAAGGAGCUUGAGGCCCAAGUGGAGAGAAUCUAGACAGACACAUUUUCAAAUGUGGCGGAGGAUGGAUGGAUGCAGAUACAUCACUUGGCAACAUUUGGUGGAAUGCUGUACUACUUUUUUUUUUUAU